UAUGCUAGGUACGCUACUGUCACCUGUGAAUCUAAUGAGUAAAUCAUGACAAACCGGACAUUAUAUUUAAUAUAAGGGACUGAAUGCAAAGUGUCAUAUGUUAUACACUGAUAUCAGAAUUACUUCCCUUGACAAAUAUUUCCCUUUUUUUUGUUUUUGUUUUUUUUCUUUUUUUUUUUUUAAACCAAAAGAGGAAGUUGUAUUGUUUGGGAAAAAUAUAAUUACAAACUAUGUAGACAUUUAAAUUUGAGUUUUUCUGUAAAUUUACCAGGAUGUUUCAUACACCAGAUUACUAUCACAAUGUAUCCACGAGACUUUCUGAGGUCCUGGGCGAUAUUGGAGUUAAUGAAAAUAUGGUGUUAAAGAGGAGGAGCGCAGCUUUACUGAGAGAAACCAUGAAGACAAUCAAUAUCAGAACAAAAAAUGGUAGCCAAUUUACUGCUUAUAAUUUAGGCAGUCAAUCAGAAGGCACCACAACACGAGGACUGCAAUCAGAUAUUGACUCACUUUUCUGUCUAGAUCAAUUCAUUUUGAUACAGGACUGGUCUGAAUGGACUCCAGGUAAAUGUAACUUCCUGAUUAUUCAGGAUGAAACAACACCUCCUGGUUAUUGCCUUCUACAGAGGCUUAGACUUGAUGCUCCACUUCCUACUACACAUGAAACACCCAAUUUCUAUGUCAAGGAUACACAUGGAAGAAUAUUACUUAAAAAUAAAGUAAUAGAUGCUGUAAUACUAGAAGGAUUUCAGCGACAAGGACCAUCAACAGCAUCAGUUGCAGAACCAGGUAAUCUUGCUAGUGAUUCAGUUGCAGCAUUUCCUUGUAAAUCAUGGCCCCAGUCAUCAAGAGCUUGCCUGGACAGGCAAGAUACAAACAUAUGGCUAACAGCAGAAAUUAAAAGAUAUGCCAAAUCUACAAAGUGUUUUGUUGUUGGAGCUGGCAGCAGAGCCAGUGAAAACGCAGAUUUUGAAUGGAGACUUUCUACCUCAUUAGCUGAACAGUGCCUGAUGUUCAAUUUAAAUAUUACUCAAAUAAGAUGUUAUAUCUUAAUGAAAAUGAUUCUUAAAACAUACAUUAAUGUUGAAAACCUUAACAAUGAAAGUUACAUUUCAAGUUUCAUGUGUAAAACUGUUUUGUUUCACUGUAUAGCAAGUAAACCUGCAAGUGUAUGGAAGGAGUGUAAUAUUCUAAACUGCUUAAAUUUCUGUAUAUUCACACUGAACAAUUGUAUACUGAAUGAACGCUGUCCCCAUUUCAUUGUUCGUGAAAAUAAUUUAAUGGCAGAAAAAAUUUCUGCUGAAGUCAAACAACAGCUACUUGAAAGAGUGUCAAACUUCAUACCAUGUGAUGGAAUUUCACUUUUUGGAAUUCAGAUUGAUGACCUUGGUGAAAGACUUCAGAUUAAGCUUAACAUGAUAAAUGAAGUACAUCAUCAUAUACCUCAGCCAGAUGAAUACACUAUGAGUGUAACAAGUCAGUUAUUGGAAGGUACAGCUGCAUCUAUUUUAGAAACACAGGAGAUAGGAGAUGGAAAUUUAGAAACACUAUUACAGCAAGUGAUGCAACUGACAACAUACUACAGAGAUGGUAACAUGUUAGAAAAGACAGCAUGCAGACUUCUAACACCUCUACUUUGUACCUCAAUCGGAUCUCUGAUAGCCUCACAGAACAUUCAAAUUAACAGAAUAGUUUCUCCUCAAACACUUACAUGGCUUGAAGCAGGACUUGACUCAGAUGUUGCAUCAAGCAGACUAAAACUUGCAUCUAUAAUGUACUGUGUAGGCAAUGCAGAAAUAACUGCUUUAAUUCUUUCUUAUAUAGAAGAACAAUAUAACAUAGAAGUUACAGAGCCUGUAUGUAGCUGCCACAGCAUCCAUUCACUUUACAUAAAGAGAGGAUUUGGUCAACUUUCUAGUCAAUAUGGUGUAGAGGCAUUAAAAUAUAUUGUUACAUUUUGUGUAAAAUUUUACCCUGGGGAAAUAAACUGUGCACCACAUGAACUUCAGUAUGAAAUGUUUAGAUCAACACAAGAGGACCUUCAACAUAGGGGUGAAGAUGAUGCCUGGAUGGACUGUGCUGUAGUAGACUCACUUCCAUACCUUUAUUUUCUACAAUACAAGACAUACAGCAACCUACAAAGACCCGAGGAACAGCAACAGGCACUGAACAAACUUAUGUGGGUCAUUGAAACAGAGGACAACCUUGGACACAGAGAAACAGCACUGAAUUUACUAGGGCAGUGCAUGGAACAGGAGAACAGACCUGCUGAUGCUAUACAGUGUUACAUGUUAUCUCUAAGUCAUAGGGAAAGAAACAACGCAGCAAGAAUUCAUAUCUGUAGGUGUUUAGCUAAUACAAUCUCAUAAAGACCUAGUUACCAACCUGAACUGACUGGCGAUUCGGAUUUUCAACUGACACAAUGACAAAAAUAAUUAACCUUUUAAGAAGUUAUUAUUUUUUGUUUCAGGUUGGUGUUAUAUUGCCUACACUUAUCAGGAAUAGUCCUCAAUGAGUGUGAAUAUCAGUAAAACUUUGUCACCUAUUUUACCCACCCUGCAGAAAUAUCAAUAGGUAAAUCAAAUUUCAAAAUUACUAUGUACAUACCUAAUUUGAGAUGAAAAUAAUCAUACUUUAACCCUAACCCUGCUAAAUUCCUAAACUGAACUUGUCCAUCUUUCAAUUUGGAUAGUACUUUUAACUGUUAAAAAGGGUGCUUACCAAAAAAGAUACCGAAUGAAUGGCAAACAGUGCAGACUAUGGUCAGCCUGCACAUCUUGGUCUGCACUAGUUGCAAAGGCAGAAUCACUUGCCACCAGCAAGGUAAGGGUUAAGAAUAUUCACCUCUUCUUUAAACGAGUAACUUUAAAUGUACUGAACUUAUUUCUUGCACACUUAGAAUGUACUGACCUAAAUUUCAGUCUUUCGAACUAAGAAUGUAAUUACUUGAAUUUCACUCUUGUAAAUGUAUAGAAUGUACAAAUGUUAAUCUCACCCUUGCAUCUUUCAAAUGACUAGUUAAAAAUGUAUCGACUAAACUUUCACUCUUGUACACUAAAAAUGUACUGACUUAAAUUUCACUAUGCACACUAAGAAUGUAAUGACUUAAAUUCUCUCUUGCACACUAAGGCCUAAAAAAAUAUUCUUUGUUUCCGGUAAUAUGCUCAAAAAAAUUAGGGUAGGUAGGUCGGAAAAUUUUUGUAUUAUGGGAGACUUUUCGAAAAUUAUUUUUUUGUCAAAAAAUGAUUACAAAUAAGGGGGUUAUGCCUUUAGAGCAUCAGUAAGUUGAUUUCUAACAUCACUGGCCAUGUUUAAAGCAUAAAAAGUGCAGUUUUGCAUCAUUUUGUUAAAAAGUUGAAAAAAAUAUUCUCCAAGGCAUUGGAGGGUCGGGCCAAAAAUUUAGGGUAGGUUGGGAUACCAGAAACAAACAUUUUUUUUUUUUACGCCUAAGACCUUUAAUCUCACUCCUGCAUAUUGUGUAUGUACAGCUUCAUACAAUGUAUGUACUGAUUUUAAUUUCACUUUUACACACUGUGAAUGUACUGCUUUGAAUGUACUGACUAUAAUUGCAUUCUGUAUUGUACUGUUUUAAAUGUACCGACUAAUUUCAAAUUUUUGCACACUGUGAAUGUACAGCUUUAAAUGUACUGACUUUAAUUUCACUCUUUGGCACUAAGAAUGUACAGACUUUUAAUUUCACUCUUGCACACUAACUUUCAUCUUACUUUACACACUGUAAAUGAGAAGCAUCUUUAGUAAUGACUUUUAUUUCACUCUUGCAUAAUGUCAAUAAGAAAAUUUAAAUGUACUGACAGUAAUCUAACCUUUGCACAUUAAAAUUGUACUGCCUUGAUCUUAUUUCUAGCACAUAGAAAUAUACUGACUUGAAUUUUACUUUUGUAUACUAAGAAUGUACUAACAAAUCUAUUGUUUUUACUUAUUUUAUUCACAAAAAAUCAUUGCAAGUUCGACUUAAAUUUGCAAGUUAAUGCUUACUAUCACAAUCACUGUGUUUCAUUUAAACAUGGAAACAGAAAUAUGUGAUAUAUCAGAGAUAGCACAACUGUGUUAAUCUUGAAAAUAAAUGUGGCCACAGGCCACUAUCAAUAAUCAAUUUGUGACCCAAUUCAGCGUUUUCAAAAAUUUAUUACCAUUUUCUCUGAGUUAUUUUAAACCAUAUUCUUUCUGCAAAGCAAUGUUACUGACAGAAUGUUUUCCAGGAGUCUGAGGUGAAGUUCAAGCAGAUGUUUUCAAAAUUCAAGUACUUUUCCAGUUUGUUUAGGGUUUAUGUCAUUUUCAAGGACUACCAUCAAAUUCAAAGACUUUUCAGGGCCUGACUGUGAACACUGAAGAAUGCAGUCUAACUUUCAUCUCACCUUUGCACACUGAGAAUAAGAAUCUUGCACACUAAGAAUGUUUUAACUUUUAUCUGACCACUGCACACUUUGAAUGAUUAGCUUUAAAAUUUUAAUGUACUUAUUUUUAUAACUUCACCCUUGCACACUAAGAAUUUACUCAGCUUUAAUUCACUCUGGCAAACUGAAUCAGUAAUUUUAAAUGUAACAACUUUUAAUUUCACCCUUGCACAUUGUGAGUAAGUAGCUUUAAAUGUACUGAAUUAAAUUUUAAUCUUGCACAUUUAGAAUGAACUGACUUUAAUUUCAUUUUAGCCCGCUAAAAAUGUACUAACUUUUAUCUCACAUUGCAGGCUUUAAAUGUACUGACUAAUUUCACUCUGCACACUUAGAAUGAACUGACGUGCACCCUAAGAAUGUACUAACUUUAAUCUCAUUCUUUCACACUGUGAUUAAUUAGCUUUAAAUAAAUUGACUAAUUUCACUGUUAUACACUAAGAAUGCAUUAACUUUAAUUUCACCCUUGAACACUGUCAAUGAGUACAUUUAAAUGUACUGACUUUAAUUUCACUCUUGCACACUAAGAAUGUACUGACAUUAAUUCACUCUUGCACACUGGAUAAGUAACUUUAAACAUACUGACUUUAAUCUCACUUUUGAACAAUGUGAAUGAGUAACUCAUGUGGACUUUAAAUAAGUAACUUAAAAUGUAAUGAUUUUAAUCUAAUUCUUGCAUACUGUACUGUAACAGGAGAUAUUUUUGUAGACUGAAAUUCACAAAUUCUUUAUUAAAUGCGUACUUUUUGCUCUUUAUUUAAGUAAUCAAAAUCAGAAUUUUCAUGCAUUAACCUUAAGUCUGCUGGCAGCAAGUGAUUCUGCCUUUGGGACCAGUGCAGACCAAGAUCAUUCAGUCAGUAAAUUUUCAGUAAACACUACUUCAAAUGAUAAAUUCUACUGCCCAACUUGAAUGAUGGACCAGUCCAUUAUAGAAUGUAGCAGGCUAAAGGUUAAGUGCUGAAUAAGCUGAAAAAAUUGACUCCUUGCGAAUAGUUCUCAGGGCUGGACAAAUUCUUUGAAAUCAACUUGUCUUGCAGGACAAGCUGCUUAGAAUUUUCAAUCAUCCAGCUACAAUUCGUACUCAUUCUACAAUUCACUAAGAAAACAGUUUUUAUCGAAUCGUCUAUCUUAAAGCCUGUUAAAAACAGUAAAUACCAGAUUCUUGUUCUAUACUUUCAAGUGUCUAGCUAAUGCCAUCAAAAUACGGCACUGUAACAGAGCGGGGCAAAUUUUAAGAGUUACAAACAAAACAUUUAUUUUCAUUUUAGAUCUUUAAGCUUUACGGCUUCUUCAUGGCUCCGCUUUAAUUAUGUCUCCCACCACACAGUCAUGUGGGAGACAUAUUGAUUUACUCCUGUCUGUGUGUGUCUGUCUGUCACAAAUCUUGUCUGCAUUCUAAGUCAAACAUUUCUCAUCCAAUCCAAACUUCAACAAAAUGUGUUUGCCAAUAAGUCCUCGGCCAAGUUCAGUAACUAGCCAAAUCGGCCCAGGCACUUCGGAAUUAUGGCCCUUGAAACUUGUGUUUGAUAAUCAAAGCAAUGAAAGUCUGAUAAGGCAGUUGAGGUCUUUGUGCAUGGUUGACUCAUAUACUAUUAUUCAGAUGAUUAGGCAGUUGCGGGAGACAUGCGCUUUUCUUAAAAGCAGCUCUAGUUUGGUUUAUUAUAUUUUUGGUUUCAUUUUUUUGCCGAUUUUUACUCCUAUUUAUGAGCUGAUGAGUUAAUUUGUUGAGCUCUGGUUCUUUUACAGUAUUUCAUGUAUUUACCAAAUGUAGUGUAGAACCUUGGAUGAUACCAUGCUGUACUAGCUGUCUAGGUUAAAUCACCAAAAGUUAACAUCUGGUCAUCUGCGUCAGUACCAUACUUCAGUUAGCUGGUUCAAUGGUGUCUGGUUCACUAUACUGAAACCUGCAGCUGAAUUCUGUAAUAUACAAUGUUCACUGUACUGAAACUUGCACUGAAAACUGUAAAUAAACUACACUCAGACUG